CGUAUUUAGCUCAAUAUAGUACAUUGCCGGGCGCAUUCGAACAGAAUCUUUUUGUACACGGAACUGGUUUGCCUCGUCAUCCCUAUCCAAUUUUUUCGAUCAGAUAGAAUUCAUUUUAGAGAGAGACAAUGAGGAUCGAACGAGAUAGUGAUGCAGUCUCGGCUUCCAGGGAGCACCUGGUCUUCGCUUACUAUGUUACCGGCCAUGGUUUUGGCCAUGCCACUCGUGUUGCUGAGGUGGUGCGGCAUCUAAUUCUUGCCGGGCAUGAUGUCCACGUGGUCACUGGUGCUCCUGAGUUCGUGUUUACCUCUGAUAUUCAAUCUCCUCGUCUCUUCAUCCGCAAGGUGCUUUUGGACUGUGGAGCUGUUCAGGCCGAUGCAUUGACCGUUGAUCGCCUUGCAUCUUUGGAGAUGUACUCCGAAACAGCCGUCAAGCCCCGUGCUUCUAUCUUGGAAAAGGAAACUGAGUGGCUAAACUCCAUCAAAGCUGACUUAGUGGUCUCUGAUGUGGUCCCAGUUGCAUGUCGCGCAGCAGCUGAUGCUGGAAUUCGUUCUGUUUGUGUGACCAAUUUCAGCUGGGACUUUAUCUAUGCGGAAUAUGUCAUGGCUGCUGGGUAUCAUCAUCGUUCAAUAGUUUGGCAGAUAGCAGAGGACUAUUCUCAUUGCGAAUUCCUAAUCCGCCUUCCAGGAUAUUGCCCAAUGCCAGCUUUUCGUGAUGUUAUUGAUGUGCCUCUGGUUGUGAGAAGGUUGCAUAAAUCCCGAAAAGAGGUGAGGAAAGAACUCGGUGUAGCAGAUGAUGCGAAGGUAGUCAUCCUCAACUUCGGUGGCCAGCCAUCAGGAUGGAAGUUGAAGGAAGAGUUCUUACCUUCUGGCUGGUUAUGCCUGGUUUGUGGUGCUUCUGACAGCCAGGACCUUCCACCAAAUUUCAAAAAACUUGCCAAAAAUGCAUAUACACCUGACAUUAUUGCAGCAUCUGACUGUAUGCUUGGAAAAAUUGGAUAUGGCACUGUUAGUGAAGCCCUGGCGUACAAGUGUCCUUUUGUCUUUGUUCGGAGAGACUAUUUCAAUGAAGAACCCUUUUUGAGAAAUAUGCUUGAGCAUUAUCAAAGUGGUGUUGAAAUGAUUCGAAGGGAUUUACUCACUGGUCAUUGGAAACCAUAUCUUGAACGUGCAAUGACUUUGAAACCAUGCUAUGAAGGUGGCAUAAAUGGUGGAGAGGUUGCAGCCCACAUUCUGCAGGAAACAGCUUUUGGGAAAAAUUAUGCAUCAGACAAGCUUAGUGGUGCAAGAAGAUUACGUGAUGCUAUAGUUCUUGGCUAUCAACUACAAAGGGCCCCUGGACGAGAUAUUGCAAUCCCAGAUUGGUAUGCAACUGCUGAGAAUCAACUUGGACACUCAUCCCCACCUUCCUUAGCGGAUGAUGAAAGCUCCAUAUUCAGCUCGCACAGUGAGCAUUUUGAGAUUCUUCAUGGAGAUGUACAAGGUCUUCCAGAUACCGGGGCUUUCUUAAAGACCUUAUCUGAACUGGAUGAGAAACUCACAACACGUGAGCGCAAGGCUGCUGCUAGCCUCUUCAACUUGGAGGAAGAAAUUUUUGUGACGAGAGCUCCUGGAAGGUUAGAUGUCAUGGGAGGAAUUGCUGACUACUCUGGAAGCCUUGUCCUGCAGAUGCCAAUAAGAGAAGCCUGUCAUGUUGCUCUGCAAAGAAUCCAUCCAAGUAAGCAUAGGCUGUGGAAGCAUGCUCAGGCUCGACAGAAUGCCAGAGGGGAUAAACCAACUGCUGUUUUGCAAAUUGUAUCAUUUGGCUCAGAAUUAAGCAAUCGAGGCCCAACCUUUGACAUGGAUUUGUCUGAUUUUAUGGAUGGAGAGAAGCCAAUCUCAUAUGAAAAAGCAAGGAAAUUCUUUGCUCAAGAUCCUUCCCAAAAGUGGGCAGCAUAUAUUGCUGGAGCAAUUGUGGUCUUGAUGAAUGAAUUGGGCAUACGUUUUGAAGAUAGUAUCAGCAUGCUGGUUUCUUCUGCUGUCCCAGAAGGAAAAGGUGUCUCGUCGUCUGCAUCUGUGGAGGUUGCUAGCAUGCAUGCCAUAGCAGUUGCUCAUGGAUUGAAUAUCAGCCCAAGGGAUCUGGCGUUGCUCUGCCAGAAGGUGGAAAAUCACAUUGUUGGAGCUCCAUGUGGUGUCAUGGAUCAGAUGGCUUCUGCAUGUGGUGAGGCCAACAAGCUUCUUGCAAUGAUUUGCCAGCCUGCAGAAAUAGUUGGCCUAGUAGAAAUUCCCAAUCACAUCCGGGUCUGGGGAAUCGAUUCUGGAAUAAAACACAGUGUUGGAGGCGCAGACUAUGGGUCAGUCAGAAUUGGUACCUUUAUGGGUCGGAAAAUGAUAAAAUCCAGAGCCCGUGAGAUAUUGGCUGAGACACUUCCGGAUGGGUCGAACCAUGAUGAAGUGGAGAAUGAUGAUAUAGAACUGAUGAGCAAAGAAGCCUCUUUAGAUUACUUAUGCAAUUUGUCACCUCAUCGGUAUGAGGCUCUUUAUGCUAAGAAUAUUCCCGAGCACAUUGUUGGUGGGACAUUUUUGGAGAAAUUUGCUGAUCAUAAUGAUCUUGUCACAGUUAUUGAUGAAAAGCGUACUUAUGCAGUGAAAGCUCCUACCAUACACCCCAUCUAUGAAAAUUUCCGUGUCAAGACAUUCAAAGCACUGUUGACCUCGGCAACUUCGGCUGAUCAACUCUCAGCCCUGGGAGAAUUGUUAUAUCAGUGCCACUACAGCUACAGUGCUUGCGGACUUGGAUCUGAUGGGACAGAUAGGCUUGUGCAAUUGGUUCAAGACUUGCAGCAUAGUGCAACCUCCAUAAUCGAAGGUGGCACCUUAUGCGGAGCCAAGAUCACUGGUGGGGGUUCCGGCGGGACGGUCUGCGUAAUUGGUAGGAAUUGUCUGAAGAGCAACCAACAAAUUUUUGAGAUUCAGCAAAGAUACAAAAAAGCCACCGGUUACUUGCCCUAUAUUUUUGAGGGUUCAUCACCAGGUGCCUGUAAGUUUGGCUACUUGAAAAUACGUCGCCGGGCUCCUUUAAAUCAUUGCUGAUCAGAGUUCUGCUCCCCAAAAAGUCAAUUCAUCAGAGGAGAACUUUGAGGCUAUACUUAAAUUUCAUAGAAGUUAUAUUAAAUAUUUAUGUCUUUCAAUUAAUAUGGUGGCGGAUGCCUUUGAAUUAUACUCUAAUAAACAUCCCUAUUAUUUUUAAUGCGAACAUUUUUCCUUAUUUAA